AUGUCACCCGUUGAGCUGGUGGUCACAAACGAUGGCAAUAUGCGGAUCUGUGCUUUGAGCGAUAGCCCAAUGAUGACGGGUUGGCUCACUGAUGGUAAGUGUGGUUACGAAAUCGAAACCCUCAGCUGGUAGUUUUUUCUGUUUGUGGGGCAUCGAGUGUAGCGUCUGCGUUGGCAUGCUUCUUACCCGGACGGAACUGACAGCUUAAAUCAGACCGUUGUAAUACCUCUUGCCAUCAUGCAAGCUGACCUUCGGCGUCCUUUAUCUUCUGCAGCCACUGUAAGGCUUUAUGAUCCGAAUGGAUGAUGAAAUGACCAAUAAGAAAGGGUUUGAACUGAUUAGUGCGAGUAUUCCUCUACGAUAAGUACAAUAAUUUCGCUGGGGUUUGGUUAGGGUUUUACUAGCGAAGUACACAGACCUUUCAGUUCUCUUCUCGUUGUAUUGAGAGAGGACACAGCCUAUCGCAAACCCACUAGCGUCAGUAUCAAGGAUAAAUGGGAGAGCAUUUGGCUGUGUUGGAUAACAUCAAAAUGGGAGCUGUUUUAAGCCGUGUUUUAAGUUUAUCAAAUGUUGCCUGGCACUCCUUCGUCCACCUAAAUGCUCGUCCUUUCUCAGUGAGAUGAUGUAGAGGGCGUGAUAUGCCUGCAAAAUGUAGGACGAAACGUCGAUAAUAGGAGGCUAGGCCGAUAAAACCCCUAACCUCGAUUGCCGUCGUCGGAAUGGGCCACGUUUUGACAGCAUCUGUUUUGUCCGACGAAGCGUAUAUGCCCUCCGUACUAAUCUCAUGUCCAAGGAAGGUCACUUUGUAACGUAAGAACAUACACUUUCGGAAGUUUAAGCGGAGUCUCGCGUCACGGAGUGCAAACAGAACAGCUCUCAGAUUCUCGUUAUGUUGGUUGAUGGACUUCCCAAAGACAAUGACGUCAUCUAGGUAAAUCAAACAGCGACGUGGGUAGAAAUGUGCUAAUACCGAUUUCGUUAGACGUUGGAAUAUUGCGGCGGGAUUAUAAAGGCCGAAGGCAUAGUUUCGAAUUCAAAAAGACAUUGUGGAAGGAGGAAAGCCGUUUUCGGUCUAUCUUUGGGUUCGAACUCGACCUGCCAGUAUCCUGACUUGUGGUCGAGUGUAGAGAACCACUGUGCCCCCGCUAGUACAUCGAAGGUAACACCAAUGCGAGGGAGUGGAAAAGAGCCCCGAGUUGUGGUGGCGUUAAGACGGCGAUAAUCAAUGCAAGAGCGUAGUCAUCCGUCCUUUUUCGGCACAAGGGUCACGGCAGUUGCCCAGGGUGAGUGGGAAGGUCAUAUCACGCCUGACUCAAGCAUCGUCUGGAUCACCUCAUUUACCUCCGUUUGAAAAUGUGGCGGAAUACGCCGUGGAGGCUGCCACACUGGUUUUGCGGAGCCGGUGUCGAUAGAGUGUCUUACGGUUGCUGAACGAACCAACGAGCGUUUGUCCCAAGCAAAAGCAUCCUCAAAGUUUGCUAGAAGAGAUUUCAGAUUCAUACGGUCUCGUGUAUCGAGUCCAGCAUGCUUCGGUAAAAUGCUGUAUAAAUUAGCAGAUGGUAGCGCAACAGCAGCAUAAGUCGACGCGCAGACUUCAUUUUCCAGGAACGCCAAAUCAGCGUGACGAAUGGGUGUCGAGUCAGAUUCAAAACGAAGAGUGCGGUCACGAAUGCUCAGGUAACAACUAAACUUGACAAGGAAAUCAACGCCUGGCAAAAUAGCCCAAGUAAUAUUUAGGAUUAUGGCAAAUGCAUGCUCUUUGCUGCUGGUAGAUAACACUAACGGUGAAAUAAUUAGACCGAUUGCAGACAUUCGACCCUCAUUUGCUGUUAGUAGGUUAGGUAGCCUUUGGGGUUUGAAGAUAUCAUCCAAACAAACUGGUGUAAGCCAAUGGGAUCUAACUAAAGAAACCGUAGCUCCUGUGUCAACUAAAACCAUAACGGGGCCGUUGUCAAAGUGAACCACAGUAAAGAAAGGUAAAGUAUUGUGCGACGUAGAAGAACAUAUAGGGACAGAAUGGGUACCGGAAUCAGCUUCAUGCAAACGAUGUGUUGGCGUCCAGUAUGGCGGCUGAUGGCCAAACAAACCUAUGAGACUGAAAUUUACUGUUGUUGGUUGACCUAGAAAAACCACUAGGACGAGUGUCUUCUCUAGGUCCACGAAAACUGGGGAAAAUGUCGUGCUUCCAGAAGGGCGAUGGCAAUCAGAUCCUGGGCGAUCCGGCUCCAACAAACGAAUGGCUCUUUGAAUGGCGCCCUCGAGAUAACCAGCGGGGUUAGAACCUAAGGAGUACGCCAUCUCGUCCGAGUCCAGGGGGCUCUUUUUUCAGUUCAGCUCAGUUUAUUGCGGGAAAUAGGCGUAAGCCUUUUAGUACCCUAUUUGCAACGCAAAUACGUGUGGUAUACAGAAAAAUGUUCUAGGCUGAAAUAUUUCAAACGAGCACGUAAUGGUAGGACAAAAUGGGAACGAGUUACAGGGGGUGAGCUUGACUUCUCAUCGCUCUUGGUCAUUUCGGAACAUAAAUAGGUGAAGGUUCUUUUUAAAACUUUGUAUAGAUGGGACAUCACAACAUCUGCGCGAAGGGCGUUCAAUGGUUUGACCAGUCGAACAGAGAAGGAGAACUUCCGCACAUCCAGCUUUGCCUGCUAAGUGCUCAGUUUAAACGGGUGACCUCGGAGGUUGGUCUUGGUAGUAAAUUCAAAAAUUCAUCGAAGGCCAGGCUGCAAUCAAACCCUUUUACAAUGCGGAGUGCUUGCAAGAGAUCCCCGCAAAGUUGCCUGUAACUCAAAAGAAAGAGGCUCGGAUUUACUAGGCGGGUUGCAUAAGGAAAGGAGAUUUGCCCCCUAACCAUAUUCGUGGCUCUCCUCUGAACUCUUUCGAGGCAGUUUUGAUCCUCAACCACCCAUGGCCUCUAAGCUUGUAUGCUGUACUCCAAGUGCGGUCGGACGAAUGUUCCGAAUGUCUUUGAGAAAGCAACUUCAUCAAAAUCCAUAAACGGAGACCUGAUGGCCUACAGAAUGUACAUUGCACUUUUUGCCACUCUCGAAGAAUGAGGGGAUGGUUUCAGGGAACCCGUCGUCAGCUCUUUGAGGUCCUCUUGGGCUUUGACCUCUUGUAGGGCUGCGCCGCCCAGAAAUUAGUCGCUCGUGAUGGCGGAUCUGGUUGUUUUUCCUAGACGAAGUAUGCUACAUUUACCAACGUUGAACAGCAGGAGCCAACGGUUUGACCACUCCUCCAGCCGAUUUAGCUUCCUCUGCAGUCUGUCUUCGUCGGCAGGAUCCCGGAUUACACUCCAUAUUUUCAUGUCAUCUGCAAACGUUGCUGCUUCGCAGUCUAAAGCUCUUGAGCAAUCAUCCACGUAUAUAAGGAACAAAAUGGUUCCCUGUACUGAGCUCUAGGAGACACCACUCUCGACCACAGCAGGAUCUGAUUUCCCUUGACCGAUGCACACAACCUGGUGUUGACCCAAAAGAAGGUUUUCGAUCCAUUUCAGGAAGUUGCCACCGAUCCGUAUUUUUUUAAGUUUAUGUAAGAGCCUCUGGUGUGGCACAGUUUCGAACGCCUUCUGGUUGUCGAUUAAGUUUAUGUGUACCGCGUGCCUGUCGUCGAGAGCUCGGGUCCAGCUCUGGAGAGAUUGCAGCUAGUGUGUCGUGCAGGAUCUUCCUUUCCGGAACCCAUAUCGGCAUUUCGAUGGCGGGCCGUGAACUUCCAGAAAAUGUAUCAGUUCACUUUUAAUGGUCCUUUACAUAACUUUGCAAAGAAUGCAUGUCAAGCUUAUGGGCCUGUAGUUUGUCGUCGCUGCACUGCAACCUCCUUUGUAUAGCGGAGUAAUAUGCGCCAGCUUCCAAUCGAUAGGGAGUGUUCCAGUGUCAAAUGACGUUUGAAAGAGCAUCGACAAAGGCACAUAAAGCUCACUAUCAAGUGCCUUGAGAGGCUUGGGUGGAAUCCCAUCUGGUCCUGGCGACUUCGAUUGGUUCAAUGCCUUUAAUUGUCUUUAGACAAUGCCUUCUGAGAAGAGUAUAUCACUGAUGCUUGGGGUCGACAGUUCUUCUGUGGAGGGAGUAAGAAACCUUGCCUCGUUUGUGUAGACUGAUUGGAAGAACUGUGAAAAAUACGCAGUUUUAUCCCUACUAUCAGCAAUGUCAACGUCAUCAGUAGUCCUUAUUAAGAGGAUAUGAUGCCUGUUCCUUGUAAUUCGUCGAAGUCAGUUGUAGAGCAAUUUUGGGUUCUGCGUUGCUUUUGUAGUAAUGUCUUCUCGAAUUCCCGCCGCGUUUUUAUAAUCAUGUUUCUCAGUUUGUUCCUCUGUGUUUUGUAGUUUUGAAAUAUUCCACUUGCCUACUGACGCAGUAUUUUUUCCACAAUUUGUGCUUCCUGUUAAUUUCCUUCUUAAGGUUGCUAUUAAGCCUGUCAGGGCGUUUGUCCAGUCUUGCACUAUUCAGAGGGCAGUAGUUGUUGAUGAGAUGCAGUAGGACAUUCUUGAACAACUCCCAGUCAUCGUUUGCAUGACCUGUAGAAAAUGAGCCCCAGUCGAGACCGGAUAAGUCUGCUCUCAUUUCAUUGAAGUCCAUCGGCCAAACAUUGCGUCCUUUUUGGCCCUGAAUAUGCGAAAUGGAGAAUAACGAAUAUUCCCACAUAAGCACUACAUGGCCACUUCGGUCAAGGGGCGGCAUGGAGAUGAUCUUAUCUAUGCUAUCUGGUGUUUUCGUAAAAACCAGAUCUAGACAGUUUGCCCUUUGUCCUUCACGUGUUCUCGUUGAAAACGUUACGUGUUGUGUGAGGGACGCCUUUACUUUGUUGUUUGGCAGACGGUUAUCGAAUACCGAUUUUUGACCUGACGUUUGGAGGGUAUUCCAGUUUGUUCCUGGUGCGUUGAAGUCGCCCAUGAUCAUGAUGUUAGGUCGACUGGAAAGUUUCUCCAACUGCUCCAAUGGUUAAGUGUCGCCGAUUUGGUCCGUCCUAGGUGGUCGGUAGACAGUGAGGAUAUCGAAACUAGGGGAAGCAGUAGCUCUGACAGCAUGACUAUGCACAGCCAGUUUUGUAAAAUAUGUCAUAUACAAUCUUCUGCACUAAUUUACAGAGAUCCCAUGCACUACCCUAUGAUUACGAUUGAACUGGGACCCAAUCACAUUUUAAAUGCCUGCAAUUUAAUUUUAUUUUUGAGUAUGAAUCUGCGAAAGCACUGUACAUAAAUAGGGUCAUCAAGGGCUCUGCCUGUAACCCUUCAAUAUAUAAAUAUAUACAUAUACAUAUACAAAUAGCUUCCGUGCUGCACGCAAGCUUGGUGGUAUUUUCCGACACUGCCAGGCUCUCAUUCACAUACUCAACUAUACCACCACCCUGAUGAUAUUCCCUGUCCCUCCGAUAAAUUUGGUAUCCAGGCAAGGCUAUUUCGCUGUUGCUAAUAUUCCCGGGGAGCCAGGUUUUGGCUAUUGCUAAAACAUCUGGAGACAGCUCGGCAAGGUAAAGUUUUAACCCAUCUAGUUUCGAUAUGAGGCUUUGGGCAUUUGUGUAUAAGUACCUCAAUUUUGCACCAGCCGAAUCUCCAGUUUCAUUUGUCACUGUUUUGAGCAUUGCUGAGAUAUUUCAGACGCCCUUUUUCUCCGGGCUCUUCAGCUACUAGAUGGGUUUCAUUAGUGUCCGUUGCAUCACUGCUAUCACUCCUCCCCAUUGCGACAAUUUUCGUGGUUUUUGAUGCCAUCUCCCGCAUUCCGACCUCAUGCGGUCUGUCGACGCUCACGGCGGAACCCUCAGAAUUCACUAUCUACUAGUAGUUCGGUCGUACCUCCCUUCCUCACUGCUCGGCUGAGCUCGAAGCGUGCUGUGGCCGAUCGCAUCUGGGUUCCUCUCGUCUGGCCUCUUUGACGCGAAUAGUCUCAGGCGGCGUAUCAAUCUGGCCCAGACGAUCUCAAUUGUGAAUCCCGUAUACAAUGCCACAUGCAAGCCAGUCCUGUCUGACCCGCAUACGUACCCCUCAAGGCUGAGAUUUAUUGCUACCCUGACGAUGACCGACAACAUUCCGUUAUAUACCGCCACCUACAGGCCAGUCCUGCUCGCUUUUUGCUGUCAUCAUUUUUAUUGAGGGGUUUUUUUCUCCUGUAAAAUUAAUUCAAUCAUUUUUAACUUUUUGUAAGGAGUUUUAUUUCACCCCUCAAUCAUCAUGUUUCUCAAUGGACUACUAAUUCAGAAACUAUGAAUUGCAUUUUGUAAAGAUUCGGCCUACCUCGUCUAAAAUUCGCAUGUAAAUUUAUUUUAACUUUCUUUGAUGGGACCCCGACGGGUGUUUAAUAAAAAAUUAUCUAUCUAUCUAUCAUUCGGAACAUUGGGCGUUAAGGACUUGCUUGUGUUGUCGCCUCCAGCGGCUGGUUCCAUGAAGGUGUCUGAGUGGCUGCCGUCGUUCGUAGUAUUACUGGCUGGUUCCACUGAAACGGCAUAUUUUUCAGAAUUACUUUUCCCUUCAGUCUCGAUUUUAACUCCAAAAUGAGUUUCCAGCGUUUCAGCCGUUUCUCUGAUGAGUAGUCCGGCUGAAAAAAACCCGGUUGGUGAUUACUUGCCAUGGUAAAAGACCACCUGGUCUUUAUCAGUUGUGCCAAGAACGGGUAAGCGUUGGAAUCCAGUCGCGAAAUAUCGGCAGCGAACCGCUCAGGAGUUUCCCCUAUACGACGACGGCGAUGUAAUUGUUGGUGGAUCGCACCUUCAACUGCCAACCGAGGUUGGAACAGACGUUGGAGUUGGUCGCACAAAAUCUCAAAAGGCGUUGAAACUGACAGUCCGGCGUCGAGGGCCUUAUCCACUGGUCAUCUCCUAAAUAUUUCAAAACUAAUCGGGAGCGUUGGUUAUGCGGCACCUCAUCCAUUUUGAAACGGAACCGACGCAACCAGCUACGAAAAUCGAUCCGACCAUCAAAAUAAAGAAAGGAAUUGGGAAUGGGGUUAGAGGUAGUUGUAGGCGAGGGAAGGGAGUGAGUGGGUCCGUCCUAGUCGCUGCCACCAAUGCAGUGUCCGAACCACUCAAGGGUACGGGUUUGGCUUCUUCCUCUAUUCGGCAGUCUGUAUACGUUCCUUAGUGCUUCUAUCGGGUCGGGUAUCUUCUUGGUUGGAAUCCUGAAAACUAGCGUGAAAUGAGUUCAUCGUCCUCAAGCGCAGGCGCAUGCAAGUAGAAUAGAUUGACGAUAAGAACUUUUAUUACAAAAUAUGACAACACGCAGUAUUUAUUCCUGUUCCGGCUUCCUUACGAUCUCCUCCUUCUGGGCGGUCUCUCUACUAGUCCUUUCACACCCUUCCACCGUGGUAACUAAAAUAAAAAGUUUGAAAAACAGAUGAGUCUAAGAAAAGAACAAGAGUGGCAAGCUCACGUUUAAAUAAUAAGUUCGGGUUGCAUUUCUACAGACGGGACGAUAAUUUUCGCAGUUAAGGCGUGAACCUCCUUUAUGUGUCUAGGUGAUUAGCGCACACUUCCAUUCUUGCGGGAGCUGGCCUUCUUCAAAUUGCUUUUCAAAUAUUAUAGACAGUGGCUAGCACAGUAAGUUCUCGCAGUGCGUAACCGGGAAUCCUACUCGCGCCAGUCGAUUUGGCAGGCUUCGGUCGGAGUAGUUUGACCCUAACCAUAGCAGAUAAAAAGUGUCAUUUCUCGAUCGAGGAGGGAAGAGGCGGGUAAGAGGAGGGAGGGUAGUAGAAGUAGACAUGGGGUGCCGAACGGGUGGGGAGCAAAUAUAAAAUUAGGUCCUCGGAUGAAGACGGACUGAAAUGAAUUAGAAAGGAGGGACGCGUAAACCUGAUCAUCAAUCUCCAGUUUUCUAUCCUCAGACAUAAGUGAAGGGAUGAAUUCAUGAGCUCUUUUAGGACUUCGUUUAUAGCCAUAUAGAAUUUUCGGCUGUUCCGAAGAAUUUUGCCGUACGUUAAGUUCGAAUUGCCUUCGCAGCCAGGAAGCCUCGGUUUUACAGAUGUUGCGUUGCUGCUUAUAUUCCCGUAAGACCGCAAAAUGUCCAUUCACAUAGCAUCGUACCUGUCCGUUUAGCACUGCUCCUCAUGGAAUGUACAACAUGGUCUGCAUCCAUUGCAAAAUUUUAUGGACUCUGUAUGAUAUCUCUUUAAUAGCAUAGAAAAAUAUGUGAUUUUCUUUACGCGGAACGCAUGCGUCAUGUAGAGUGAAAUCACUAAGCGCUAAUGCAACGAAUGAUCAGGCUCCAAAUUAUUCGGCAAUUAGAAAACUUUUUUAAAACCUAAUUGCACCCCUUCCUUGAGUAUAAAAUAUAAAGAAGACGUGAUUCUCUGUUGAUUGACUAAAAGAAAGCAUAUUUUUGUUUAUGGUUUCUAUAAAAUAUAUUUGAAUUUCCAAGACCAUCGAAAAUCAAUGGGGAAAUGCAUGCUACAUAAGUAGUCAUUUUUUGCCGAGCACGCUUUCUACAGGAGAUUGAAAAGCAGCACGUUCAAAAGCCGACAUCCUGCCGAGUCCGAAAAGUUAUAAGAGUAUGCCUUAAGAUAAUCAGUAUUACAACCGCGACCAAGUAAUCCUUCAUAAUCAACAACGCAUUGCAAAAUUUCAGCCAACAUUUCAUGAGAUCGGUCACUCACUGUACAAGGCCAGUGAGCGUUUCAAGCGCAAUGGCUUUUGGUAGGGAAAAGUGGGACGACAUCACAUGACACCAUCUUCUUGCUCGGUUUGCUCGUGACUGCAUCUAUUUUGUCGAAAGUGCUGUGCUCAGUGCACUGUUGUUUUUAAGCCCGAGGUUAGGAAUCCUAGCUUCGGAAAUAGCCAGUUUGCAAGCCCGCUUUUGAGUGUGCCUCGGAAUGAGACGACUGGUUGGAGGGGAACUUUUGGCUUAUGUACCUUUGUGGACUGCAAAAUAGUGUCAUAGCUGUUCCUAUGGGUCUUGCCAUUUACUAAUGCUUGACAUAAUGUCCUUAUCCUUCUUUAAUCAAGCCAGAAUUUAGCUAAUCUUCGCCAGCAGUGACUUUAGUCUGGCGGUGUAGCUGAAUUUCUAGACUCCUGAUCGCUGAGGUACAUGAGGUCUUUGAUUCUUUAGUCUACCCUGUCAACAAAUGAAGGCGAAAUUUCGAGUUCCAGGUGUAUGCAUAAGUGAAGAAGAAGAGUCGAGCACCGGAACACUUCGUUUAUUAUCCUGAGCUUUCAGACUCGUACAGGAGUCCAUCGUCAGAGGUAGAGGCAGAAACAGGACAAGCGGCAGUUAUAAGGCAUGUAGGCCCAAUCAUCGACCGACGUCGCACGACUGGAGGUGACUACGCAGGGCUCUGUACGCCGGCGUUAGAUUGAUAAAUCGAUUGACCAAGUUCUCAUCCGAGGCCCAGGCUUCAAUCCAUUCUCGGCCUGUUUUGUUUCCGGCGUGGGCGACUAUUUUGGUGUCUGCGAAGUUUAACUCGUGACCCAUUUCGUAGGUGUGGGCGACCACUUGUGAUAAUGCGUCGCCUCGCCGCACAGCCAGCUUAUGUUCGUGUAUGCGCGAUCCGAGCAUGCGUCCAGUCUGUCCUGUGUAGUUACAAGGACAAUUUUGACACGGAAUGUGAUACACUAAUGCAGAUUGCUCUUCAGGUUUUAAUCGGUCUUUGAUUUUCAUGACCCUGCUGCACAUGGUGGGUUUGGUGCGGUGUGCAAUUCCAACACCUAGCUCCACAGCAAUGCGCUCGGUCGCCUCUGAAACCCCCUUGAUGUAUUACAAAGAAUGCCAUACCGUCGGUGGCGUUGAUGUUCGAGUUCUCUGGUGGCGACCGCGUAGGCAGCGACUUAUGAAUGCCCUCGGAUAGCCAUUUUGCACAAACUGGUCGCGCAGAUAACGGGCCUUACGUGCUCUGUCCUCCGGUUUGCUGCAAUGAGUUUGGAUCCGUUUGAAGAGGGUCUUCACACAGCUUCGUUUAUGAGCCACCGGAUGGUUGCUGUGGAAACUGAGAAGCUGUGUGGUUUUCGUUGCCUUCCUACAAACCGUCGUUUCAAGUUCACCGUUAAGGUUUCGUCUGACGAGCACAUCCAGGAAGGGCAACUGCUGUUCCGGUUCUUCUUCCCUCGUGAAUUUUAUAUCAGGGAAGACUGCGUUGAGCAGGCUGUGGAAAUAUUGCAGCAUGUCCUUCUUUACGAUGACGAACGUGUCGUCAACGUAACGGCGCCAAAACAUCGGUUCAUGUUGGAGGAAGGCAAUCUUUUCUAACUCCUGUAGGCCCAGUUCUGCCACCAAAGUGGAGACCGGUGAGCCCAUUGGAGUUCCCUUGAUUUGUUCAUAGGUCUCUCCCGCAAAAGUGAAGAAAGUUUGUUGACAGAAUUCAAACAGCCUCAUUAGUUGUUCAAUUUUGAGGGCAUUCUGAGUCUCAUCAUGCGCCUCUUCAAGUCUCUUGCGCAAGACUUCGCGGGCCACGUUUGAUGAGAUGGAUGUGAAUAGCGACGUCACAUCGAAUGAGACCAUGAUGUCGUUUGAUUGAAUUCUCCAACCUCGGAGGUCUAUGCCACUACCUCUGACGAUGGACUCCUGUACGAGUCUGAAAACUCAGGAUAAUAAACGAAGUGUUCCGGUGCUCGACUCUUCUCCUUCACUACCUUGUCAAGUAUAACGGCUGACCGGACUGAAGAGUCCGGAAAAAUACCAUAUGCUCAGCAUGAAUAUAAGCACUGAUUCCAUGUGGAAUUGAUGGCUGUCUAGUGAGGCAUCCAGUAGGUAGUACCUACGCCGUAAUCCUAACUUGAUCUGCCCAGUCACGAAAACAAAAAAUACCGGCUUGACACUACAGGUAUUCAUGCUUUGUUGGCACAUACCCACGAUGAACAGUCUCCCAGGAAAACAUUUGUAGGCUGAAACUUUCACCAUUGUUUAAUGUCAUUUUGUUUGUUCAAAGUCACUUACAGCCAUUAGCGCCCUUCCAAAUUUCCUCGCCGCCAUAUUGAAUCGGGCUGUUUUUGUUCGUUUUCUCCUUGAAGAGGUGCAUGAUGGCGACUUUUUUCUCUUUUUAAAAGACUAAUCAAACAAACCUCACCGAAACGUAUGUGUACCGUUAGUAUCUGGCGUAUGGCAGCCCCACACCCGGCUAUGAAUUACCCUAUACUUUCUUUUGUAGGAUGAGCAAAGUCUCCUUCCGAACGCGCCAAAUCGACUUCAACAGACCUCUGCCGAUUGUGAAAUAUGGAUCCGACAUGUUUUUCGAACUUGGGGAAGGAACGUUUGUCGGCCGGGGUGUACCCCAAGUUCCCAGUGGCAUGGAACGAGAGGAGGAGAACGUAAUGUUAACGCUGAGAAACCAUUACAAGCUUUCCUCUGAAAUACUGCGAAUCUUUUUUUACUGUCUUCUGUCGGUCUCGUUGUAGGGGUAAGGGCGCUCAAAUAACUGCCCAAGCGGGCGUUUUUACAACCAUCCGGGGUCGCCUGUGUGCCAUAUAUUCUGUGGCCUGUGUUUUAGUUCCACCCCUUUAGUGGAGGCCCGUUUACUUUGCGCAUGAUCAACUCUUCGUGUUGAGCCCAGCACCCAUCCAGAGAGCUGCAGGAGUUUGCUUCCCGUGCGGUUUUCUGGUUUUGGGUUCUGCAAUCAUAAUUCAGUCUCGCAGUAAGAGUUCGGGUUUAUUUCAGUUCCCUGAUUUAGUACCAUGCAUACCCCGUUACGAGCUUGCAACGAGCUCGCUUUGCUAUUAGGGAUGGAGACGGUCCUUAUUAGGCGUGGGCGUUGACUGUGGAUGCUUCCUCCGGUCUUUCGGUUUUGGUUGCUAGCGGAUGCCGAUUAUCAAGGUCCGUCAGUACGGCUUGGCUCCCCGAGGACGGGUUGCUUGGUGUAACAGGUGAAUCUUGGGUUUUCAGAGUGCGUCCAGCCGGUUCCUAUGCGCACUUAGUAGGCGGUCACAGUUCCGCUCAGGCCCAUAUGUCUGGUUUUGCUGAUUCUGCAACACGCUCACGACUAACUUGGCGUAGGGACUAAGUGCGUCUUCUCACCUCAUUUUCUAGGAGCACCACUUCCUCGAGGUCAUUCAAGCGCUCCAGCUGCAGAAGCCGUCAGACGUCAGCAUUCCCGUCCCCGAGAUCAUCGAUCGGUCAGAAGAAUACGAGAAGACUUAUACGAUGUCGUUCUCGCCUCCGAAGCAUCUGAUUCACAUCCGAAGUACGUCCGUUUCGUUAUAAUGUGACUUUUAGCUAUUGCGUUGGCCGAAGAGGAGCCAAUUGAGUACGACAUGGACACGGAUGAUGAGGAUUGGCUGCACCGAAGUGACUUAAAUCUAUCGCCAGAAAAAUUUGAGAGCAUGAUGGAUCGGCUGGAGAGGGGUUGUGGCCAGCGGGUUAUGAAUCUGGAGGAGGCCCGUCUCCUUCUGAAAGACGAUCCUUCCCUCGUCAUCGCUGUUUAUGAUUAUUGGCUCAACAAACGUAUACAGUGCCGCCAACCGCUUCUGCUGUCUGUGCGUCAGGAGAAGCGUGACGCUGGGAGCAACAAUGAUCCUUACGUGGCUUUUAGACGUCGGACGGAGCGUAUGCAAACCCGUAAGAAUCGCAAGAACGACGAAUACUCUUACGAGAAGAUGCUCAUACUUCGGGAACAAAUGAACGUAUUAGGGUGAGACGAGCAUUCAUUUUUUACUUUGUGUCUUUUCUACAGCGAGAUUAUGUCCCGUCUAGUAAAACGAGAAGCAACUAAGGAGUCGUUGUUGGAGACUGAGCGCAGGUUAUUCCAAUUGCGAUACCAUUUGGGCGAUUGGGACUGUGUACACCUCUCGGAGGCAGACGCGGUCGCACAGAAGUCCCCAAAAUCAUUUGAGCGUGUGUUGAACGCUCAUUCCAAAAAGGUAUGCUGUCGUUUCUUGGCUCAAAGUGUCCUAGUCAUCCUCUCGUAAACGAAAGAUGCCUCAUAGAUCCCUGGAUGCAACGAAGCUUGAUAGCUGCGGGGUCUCCGAUGAAGAGCAAGCACAACCGACGGAAUCUGAUCCGUUUGCUUUCAUCAGACUCCCAGGAUGCAAAUAUCAGAGGCCCUUGUACGUCCACGUCUACCUUAUCUGACGCUGGCACGCCCGGCGUGACAACUUCCAAUAUUAGUUUUGUGUGGUAGUUGCGCCGACAUACGACUUACAAGACAAAUUUGCUGUUUUUUAGAGAUCUUCGGACGGCUGGCUUCGGUGAUGAAGAAUUCGAGACUUAUCGCCUUACGACCGUUCCUCGUGUGACACAUGAGAACCGCCAAAGGUACACCGGCUACGUAAGACGCCGUUUGGGCCGUGGUGGCCGCAUCAUCCUCGAUCGCGUCCCCCCUCCCUCGGAAGAAUUGGCUGAAUUCUUCUUACAGGUCGACACUGCAGAUCCACCUAUUCAGCUAGAUAGAACAGAGAUACGUCGGUGGGUGCCCGUGAACAACUACGUGAAGCCCUUGGACCCAGACCGCUUCCCCAGACGCAGUUCCCUGUCACGAAGAAUUUUUGAUGACAGAAGCCGUUGUCAACCCCAAACGCUGGCACAGCGCCUGCGGUUAUCUCUCCUUAGGGAUCCGCCGGAUAAUGUCUUGGCUCUCGCUUUUUCGAGACUGUCUAAAUGGGCCUACCUCCCAGUCAGCCAGAGCAUCCCUUUUCAACAGAAGGCUCCCGAUAUGCCAGCACGCCAGCUGCCUAACUCCCUUGCUUGCCUUCCUGAUAAGUCUUUCUCCCUCCUCCAGCGUGGUAGUCUGGCAGCUCACGCUAGCUCAUCGAAGACAGGUGGCUCAAUUCAGCCCGACACAAAGUCUUCGGAAGUCCAGCGGCCAGACUGUCCACCAGUUGCGAAGCUGAGAAGUACUUCGCCGACGUCUAUGGUGAGCAGUUUCACUGGUGACCAACAUUGUCCCCACUUUUUACGAACAGCAAAGGACUCAAGUACGCAGUCUGAAACAUGGUUGGCCCGCAACUCCAUGUUUAUACGGCGGGAAAUUCCCGGAGUCCUGUGUUAGAUUUCUCGACCUUGCGUCCGCAUGACAUACGACGGUGUAGGGUUGUUCACGUAGUGUACACCCUUCUUAUGCUCCAAAGCCCGACGCAACCUUUAAGACUAGUGAGUUUGCGCAACCAGACGGGCAGCCGACUUACGCUGGACGAUACCACACCUGCAGCGGGUGCCUGCGGAGCGCACUUUGCUCACGUAGUAGUUGAAGGUAGUACUCACUGCUGUGCACCCGUGCCUUAAUUAAUUAGGAAAUCUUGGUUGGGCGUUCGGCUUAUUGUAUCAGAGUUGGUUGAUUCCGUACGUUGCAGCAGACCGCAUGGGGAACCUGACCCAAAAUCUAAUUAAAUCUAUAACUCCCAGUGGGGCCCCGUAGGUUAUGUAGUUAGAGCGUUGGGUGUACUCAAGCCGUGCCCCUGCUGUCCUAGGUCCAAAUUCGCCAGUUUCUCACAUUGAGUUAACUGAAUAGACUGUUUGGACCAGAUGAUAUUUGCCACCUAUGAGUUUGGUGCCAGUGAUUAGUCCUAUUCGAGUCUUAGCUGACUUUGUCGUAAUAAUGGAAGGCCAGACCUGCAGCGUAAAAAGCAUGCCCGGCGUGUCCCAUCAUAUCACCGAUACUUUGCGGGCACCAGUGCUGGCAAGUCGGACGCCUUGGGACACACCUGCCAAUUGUCAAUAGGAUUUGCAUCAACUGGCCUUAAUUAUCCUCAUGCUUUUUUAAAAUCAAAAGUGGCUUUGUGGCGCGAAGGGUGCAUCCGGUUAAAAAGGAAAGAACGGAUGACGAAGGACUGGGGAUUUUCCGUUACGGGAGUAGAUGUGCCAACCUUCAUUCCCCGUUACUAGCUUUUGAACCCUGUUGGCUACGCAUUUACCUACCAUUCCGGCCAUUCCAACGACAAAUGACAGCUCGGGUCGCCGCAACUUCGCAUUGCAGACACAGUUGACGCCGCUAACAAUCCAGUCGUCUGUACAAGGGCCCAGCUCUCAGAUACUCAUAUUGAGAUCAGCAGGGUGACCCGGGCAACGGACGUCUCUACGCUCGUACCUAUGCAGAAGCAGUGGUGACAAUACACCGCCUGCUAACUUUAACUUCGGGUCCCCAGAGUCCACCAAUUAUCUUAGUAUUUGGUUCCACGUACACGCCAUCUUGCGAUAAGUACGCUUUCGAAUAGAUCGUAGCGUCAAUCCACUAUUCAGUGGCUGGCACCCCCGCCCCUGUUUGUAGAUUGGAUUCCCAGAGACGAUGCUUGGACCCCCUGCCGGUGGGUGGCCCUUAUCACUGAUGCCCCCGACAAGAGCCGGACGGUCGUCCAUUGGAGAGCUGCUAGUUAGUAGAAACGAGGAUUGAAAAAAGCAUUGGUAGAUUAGUGAGGCAGGCCUGUCCCUCUAUCUGGGAUCGCGCGCGCGUGAAUGGUGUUAGCUAAUGAGGAUAUGAACUUUAUUUGAGUCGCAAUGCAAAGCGAGAAGGCGCGCAAAUAAGGUAGCAAAGUGCAAGCACAGCAAAUAGUCAGUGCUGGGCAGGGUGCAUGCGCCGGUUCAAUCUCCGGUUGCCCAUCAGCUUGACAAGGCCUGGAAUGGAAAGAACUAAAGGUAAAAAAGUCACUGGCGAACUGCGGCACCACCACUGCUGAUAAUACAUUCCACAUGACUUGCAGCUUGUAGAAAAUGUCCGGUUAUUACCCAACCAAACCCACUCGCUCAUUUUCGGAUUCUGGGUAGGAUUUUCAUCGAAACUAUUUGAAAUCGGAGACCGACGCAUCUCCAAAGAAUCGUCUCCGAAUACUUUGUAAGUUAGCGGUUUUGUUUUUUCCCUUGAAUCUAGAAAAACGUAGCGUUGGCCAGCGGCUGUCCAGAUCCUCAAACGGCUUCCACAAGUUCGGCCAAAACAGCAAACAGUCCACUCAUUAAGAGUGGCAUAAAGGUGUCAAUCAGUCCUUCAGGAGUCAAUGGCUCUAGGAGAGACAACGAUGACUUUGACUGGCUACCUCAGCUUAAUUCAGGACUCAAUCCUACGGACUGCUCUCGUCCUGUGGACGAGAACAAAAAAGAAUCUCAAAAUGGCAUAAUACCAGCGAACACGCUAAUGUAUAAUAUCUGA